AGGAAGUGCGGGGGCUCCAGCCGCCAGGCGGCCGCAAUGCGUUCUGGGAAGGCAGCAGCACCAGAUCCAAGAUGGCGGCCAGCAGGAGGCUGAUGAAGGAGCUUGAAGAAAUCCGCAAAUGUGGAAUGAAAAACUUCCGUAACAUCCAGGUUGAUGAAGCUAAUUUAUUGACUUGGCAAGGGCUUAUUGUUCCUGACAACCCUCCAUAUGAUAAGGGGGCCUUCAGAAUCGAAAUCAACUUUCCAGCAGAGUACCCAUUCAAACCACCGAAGAUCACGUUUAAAACAAAGAUCUAUCACCCGAACAUCGAUGAAAAGGGGCAGGUCUGUCUGCCAGUAAUUAGUGCUGAAAACUGGAAGCCAGCAACCAAAACUGACCAAGUAAUCCAGUCCCUCAUAGCACUGGUGAACGACCCCCAGCCUGAGCACCCGCUCCGGGCUGACCUAGCUGAAGAAUACUCUAAGGACCGUAAAAAAUUCUGUAAGAAUGCUGAAGAGUUUACAAAGAAAUAUGGGGAAAAGCGACCUGUGGACUAAAAUCUGCCUCGAUCGAUUCCAGCAAGUGUGAGCAGAGACCCCGAGCAGUGCAUUCAGACAUCCCGCAAAGCAGGACUCUGUGGAAAAUUGACACGUGCCACCGCCUGGCGUUCACUUGUGGCAGUUACUAACUUUCUACAGUUUUCUUAAUCAAAAGUGGUUUAGGUAACCUGUAAAGAAAGGAUUAAAAAUUUAAGAUGUUCUAGUUCUGCUUCCUUUGUUUUAAAAAUCACUGCUUCAAUCUACUUCAAAAGAUUGGUGUUUCUUUUCUUGUCCAAAUUUAUCCAAAAUUUUCAAGUUACAUUUAGCCCAUAAGGUUAAAAAAAAAAAAAAAAAGGUUGUGGUUCCCCUUCUUUUCUCUUCCCUUGCAACUCCCAUGUUCUUGCAUUCAGUUUAUUUCUCAUUUAUUCACUUCCCCAGACCCCGGCCCCAUCUCCUUCGCGAAGAAGAGACAGCUCCGGCAUUUCUGGUGGCUUUUCUUCUCCCUUGUUGGACUUCCCAGAAUGGGAGUUGGUUUAAAUUCUCCUGACUCAUUUAUAACAUCCUUUAAAAAAUUUUAAAAACUAACAACUAUACCUGCCCCCCCCCCCCCAAAAGAAAAGCCGUUUAAAGGGAGGCUUAGCUCUUGUAUAAAAAUCAGGCUAGUAUUAACCACGGUAAUGUUGAUUAAAUGGGCAAACCCCGACGUCAGCGUGCGUGACUGAACUGCGACUUGGCCGGCCUGCACAGGGAAACCCCGCAAUAACAGGUCCAUGGUGACCCCGAAGGGAGGGCCUGCCAGCCAGAGGACGCUGUGCAUGCUGUGUGUGAUGACAUCUCUCACCAGAAAGGCUCCUGAGGCCAAAGGUUGGCACCCCUCCCUGCAGCCAUUUUAGAAGAUCUGCUGGUCCCUGCAGGCCAAGCUAAAGCCAGAACAUCCAUUUGAAAUUCCAAGCUCAUCUGUCACCAAGCUCCAUCCGAAUGUGCCACGGAGCUCGUGCUCCACCUCCUCAGUGCGGCAGCCCCACCACAGCCCUCCCGCGGCGCAGUUUGACCCUUUGCGGCAUUGGCAGGACUCGGCUAUUGAGCUGGCCCCAGUCUGGGGUCACUGGGGCCCCCACUGGCCCCUUCCUUUGGAGCAGCCGGCGGCCCAGCCAGGAACAAGAUGGCCUUCCCUCUCCCUUGGGACUCACAGCCUUUGCAGAGUCAAGCUCCACUUGAAGCGCACUCAGUAAUAUCCUUUAAAUGUGUUUUAUAUUGUUUUGACUGCCUUUUUUUGUAGAAAUAAAAAUUGACCUUAGAAUUUAUCAUCAGAUGAACUUGUAAGGAUUUGAAUGUUAAUAUCUUUUCAAGGCAAAUGGGACUGCCCCUGAACGAGUAGAGAAUACAUGUCACUCUGACAUCCUGAGGAAGCCAGUGUCACCAACCUGGAGUCUGUCACUGGCGGCUUUCCUUCUUGGCUCCUGGGGGACUAGAUCCUGUGGAGAAGAUGACUUAAACUUUGCUUUCUGUUUUAAUUUUGGUUCUAUAACUUGAGAUCUUUCAGGGGCCUACAUACGUAUAAGACAGCUUGGUCUCACCUGUGCAGAAGUGGGAAGUGAUGGGCGGGUUAGGCAGUGUGACACUGUUUGGUUGUCCAAGCGCGUGGCCCUGCGGUGUGUAAAUGAACUCAGCUUCUCUAGUUCUAGGUACGCCAGGGGCAGGUUUCUGGAGACUCCUGUGUGCCCGGGAUGGCAGGUGUGCCGGGCCAGCGUUUCCACAUGUCUCUUCAUUAACAGAAAGGUGGUGAUGAAUGUUAUUUCACUCACACUCCGAUUUGUAAUAAAAUGCCAAAUUCUGUCAGAAGCUAUACAAACAAGCUACCAUUUGUUCUUGUUGCUUUUCUGAAUCCAGAAAUGUUGCCAUUCUUGGAAACUGUCCCAUUGCUUCGUACUUCUGCCAACGUAGCUCUGCCUGCCUGUCACCCUGUCACUGCGCUCUGCUCACCACGGGAGGAUACCUGUGUGCCGGCAGCCUCUCAGGGACUCUCAGCCCUGGCAGCAGAGGCCUGGCUCUCGAGUCAGUGGGUGUCCCUCCCUCGGGCCCGGGCAGCUUGCUCCUUCCAGCCGUGCCCUCAGGGGAGGCUUUGAGCAGGCUGGUGGGCAGUCCUCGCUGCUCCCAAACCAAAAAGCUGGGUCCUCUGGAGGGAGAGCUGUGGAGCAGCCACCCAGCGCGGGCCCCAGCUCACUCAGGAAUUCACACCCCCCUGGUUCCUUGACGUGCGGGGUCCUCCCCUCUGCCCUGCCCCCAACCCCAAGGCAGAGAAUAGGCUUUCUAAGAUGCUGCGGUCCGUUCUGCUGCCCUUAAUAAAAAUGCUCUCAGACACUG